CACCACCACCGUCGCUGUCACCACCUACGCCACCGCCACCACCACCACUGCUCCAUUGGCUGUCAGUGCUAAGUGAUGACUCCCAGCCUAGCCCUUCAGGAAUAAUAAGAGGACAAGACGGUCAAGUGGCUGGACUAUGAUUCUAAAAGAUGACACUGGUGGCGCCGGCCGAACAUGGCAUGUUGGGAACUAUCUUCUGCUCUUGGUGUCUCUGGCUGUAGUUCAAGUACACUCAGAUCUCGAGUUCACAAAGGAUAAACACUACACAUGGAAAACAGGCCAGUGGGGGCGAUGCCUUGGCGAGGAGUGCGGCACGGGCGGCGUGCAGACUCGGACGGUGUGGUGUGUGCACAGCGAGGGCUGGACCACGCACCACUUCAACUGCCGGCACGCCCAGAAGCCGGAGAGCCAGCGCCACUGCUUCAAGGUGUGCGAGUGGCACCAGGACCUGUUCGAGUGGGAGGUGUCUGAGUGGGGGCCGUGCGUGCUGGUGCCACCGCUGCCUCCGCCUCCGCUCUCCAACGAGCUCCACCUGCGCGCCGGCCCCGUCCCCGCCUGUGUCACGGCGCAGCACGGCCUGCAGCGUCGGCGCGUGGCCUGCGUGCGCACCUCCAACCGCACCGGUGUCACCGAGCGCAUCUGCGAGUUCUUCUCGCACCGGCCGGCGCUGGAGCAGGCCUGCCUCAUCCCCUGCCCGCACGACUGCGUGGUCUCCGACUUCUCGGCCUGGUCCGGCUGCAGCAAGACGUGCGGCGCCGGGCUCCAGCACCGGACUCGCGUGGUGCUGGCCACGCCCAUGUACGGCGGCGCCAACUGCCCCAACCUCACGCAGACGCGCGGCUGCUCCAACCCCGUGGUGUGCCUGACCGGGGAGAACGAGUACGAGUACAGCCUGAAGGUGGGCCCCUGGAGCGAGUGCCGGCUGCCCCAGCAGCACAAGGGCCUCUGGCUCAGCGGCCGCACCCUGCUGGACUUCAGCGCCGCCGGCGCCGGCUCGGAGAAGGAGAAGAACGCCGUCAAACGCCACAUCCAGACAACGCUGCACCACCACCACCACCACCAGCAGCAGCAGCAGCACCACCACCUGCACCCCCAUCACAACCCCAAGGCCUGGGAUCUCGAGAUCGGCUACCAGACACGGCAGGUCCGCUGCAUCCGGAGCGACGGCAGGAACGCCAUGCUGAGCCUUUGUACACAAGACAACAGCCCAGGGACGCUGCAGUCAUGCAUUAUGCCCAAAGACUGCCAGACUUCGGAGUGGUCCCCGUGGAGUGCCUGCUCCAAAACCUGCCGGGCGUCGGACCUGUCCCCCGGCUACCGGUUCAGAACCCGCAGCCGGAUCCAGGCCCCCAUCGGCGGGGGGAAGGAGUGCGCCGCCCUGGAGGAGAAAGAGGCCUGUAACAUCAUUGGGGAUUUACUUCCCCAUUGUCCCAGGUACGUCUGGAAGAGCACUGACUGGGGAGACUGUCGAGUGUCCCCUCUCCUGAGCCAGCAGGACCGACGCCUUAACAACGUCAGCUCCCUCUGUGGAGGAGGCAUCCAGACCAGGGAGACGUACUGCAUCCAGGUCCCAGAGGACCCCCUCACACUGCACAGGAGAGAGGGGUCGCGGCCGGUGAACAGGAAGUUGUGUGCUGGCGAGACGCCGGCGGCCGUGCAGCCCUGCUCCAUCCCCUGCCCCAAGCACUGCUCCCUCUCCGCAUGGGCGUCCUGGGGAGCCUGCAUACACGACAACUGCCUGGAGCCACAGGGACGCAAAGGUUUCAGGCAGCGUAGAAGGCUGCUGCUCUCCGUCUCCGAGGCAGCUGGCGCGUCGUCGGACGGCGUCUGCCCGCCCCUCCUGGAGUCCAUGCCCUGCGAGGACCCUGUCUGCUUCCAGUGGCACGUGCUCUCCGAGGACCCCUGUGCCACCCCCGCCACCUCCACCCCUGCCUCCGCCACCACCACCACCACCACAGCCAUUACUGCCACCCCGGGAGCCUGUGGACCAGGCACGGCUAACCAGACCGUGGUCUGCGUCAGCGCCGAGGGCGAGCGUGUACCAGAGGAGCUGUGUGAGGAGGAGCAGCUUCCUGGGGAGGUGGCGUGCGAGGUGGCCUGUGCCGGGGACUGUGUGGUCAGCGCCUGGUCCCCCUGGUCCCUCUGCUCCCACUCCUGCGCCUCCAAGACGGCCGAGGGCAAACAGAGCCGGACACGCACCAUACUCGCCCUGCCCGGGGAAGGGGGGAAAGCCUGCCCAGCUGCCACCGCCCUGCAGGAGUGGAGGUCUUGCAAUGACCAUCCAUGCAUCGUCUUCUACUGGGAGGCCGCGGACUGGGAGCCCUGCGUGGAGGAGGAUGACGACCAGUCACCCGGCACCAAUGGCACCACCUACACCACCACCACCAUCACCACCACCAGCGGCGAUGGGACCAACUGCUCCACACCGGGGACCCAGACCCGCACCGUCACCUGCAUGAAGAUGAACGUGGGUCCAGUCAUCCCUAAGAGGUGUCCAGACUCUGCACGUCCCGACUCUGUCCGAGCCUGUCUGCUGCCGUGCAAGACAGACUGCCGGGUGACUCCCUUCAGCGAAUGGACCCCUUGUCCCACAACUUGCCUGCCAGCGAACGCUAGCAUACCAACACAGUCGCGCUACAGAACCAUCAUCCAGAGAGCAGCUGACGGGGGCCAGGAGUGCCCAGACACGCUUUACGAAGAGCGGGACUGUGAGGUCUUGCCUGCGUGCCCAUCCUACAGAUGGAGGACUCACAAGUGGCACCCCUGCACCCUGGUACCAGAUGCGGUCAGACAGGGCAUCACGGGGCCGGGGGAGGCUUGCGGCAAAGGGCUGGAAGUGCGAGGCGUCAGCUGUGUAGGCGAGGAUGAGGAGCCGGCGGCAAUGGGCGAGUGCCUGCGUUGGGGUGGCGCCAUGCCCCAGCGCGCUCGCCCCUGCUGGGUGCCCUGCAAGGACGACUGCACCUUCAGCGCCUGGUCCAAGUUCUCCGAGUGCCUGGCCUGCGGGGGCCUGCGCAGCCGGAAGCGGGCGCUCACCGGCCGCAGCAGGAAGAGGCCACGGUGUCAACGUGAGGACCUGCACCCAUUGGUGGAGACAGAGGAGUGUCCCUGUGACACCUUCCUGUCGCAGCCGUACGGCAACUGGUCGUCGUGCAUCCUGCCUGAGGCGUCGUCGUUGGCGCUGGGAUCGCGGCACAGCUGGCAGGCGCGGCGGGACUCCAGGGAGUGUGGCCAGGGCCUCCGCUACCGAGCCGUGGCCUGCGUGGACCAAGGAGGUCACCUGGUCAGCCUGGAUCUCUGCAGCGAGUCAGGCUUCGUGGAAGAGGUGUGCUACAUCCCCUGCCCGCUGGACUGCAAGCUGAGCGACUGGUCGCCCUGGUCGCCCUGCAGCGCCACCUGUGGCAGCGGGCUGAAGGUGCGCUCCCGCUGGCUGCGAGAGAAGCCGUUCAACGGCGGCCGCCCGUGCCCCAAGCUGGACCUGAAGAAUCAGGCUCAGGUGUAUGAGGCCGUGCCGUGUCACAGUGAGUGCAGUGACUAUGUGUGGGUGGCGGAGGCCUGGUCGGUGUGCGCCAUCAACGCGGUGGACGAGCAGCCAGCCUGCGGAGAAGGGGUGCAGAGUCGCAAGAUAAGAUGUGUGACGCGUGGUAGUGAAGGCCAUGGCACCAGUGUGGAUGACUCCCUGUGCGAUGCGGAAGAGAUGCCGUUCGGUGCCCAGACCUGCUUCUUGCCCUGCCCCAGCGAGUGUGUAAUGUCAGCCUGGGCUCCCUGGAGCCAGUGCCCCACGCCGUGCGACCAGGAUGCGGUGAGGAAGAGGACGAGGCGCAUGCUUCGUCCGCCCGCGUUCAACCAGACGUGCCCUGAGGACACGCAGAUCGAGCCGUGUGUCCUCAACUCCACGUGCUUCACCUACCAAUACACCGUCUCAAACUGGAGCACGUGUCAGCUGAGUGAGAAGGCGGUGUGUGGUGAGGGCACGCGAGCACGUUUCCUGGACUGUCUCCGCAGCGACGGCAAGGUGGUGGAGGCCAGCGUGUGUCAAGAGCACGGCUUGGAGACUGCGUGGGAGCUGGUUGUGAGCUGCUUCGUCGAGUGCCCCGUCAGUUGCAUCCUGUCAGAGUGGUCCCCUUGGACGGAGUGCUCGCACACCUGUGGAAGCCAAGGUCAGGUGGUGCGUACGCGGAGCGUGCUACAGGAGGCCCAUGAGGAGGGGCGUCCGUGCCCGUCGCAGCUGUCCCAGACCAAACCCUGCCCCAUCAGGCCCUGCUACACCUGGCACCUGGGGGAGUGGUCACCCUGCCGCGUGGAGGGUGGGGAGUGUGGCGAGGGGGUGCGGGAGAGGAACCUGUCCUGCAUGGUGCACUGGGGCGACUGGCUGGACGCCUCCUCGCCCCGGCCGGUGGAGGACGAGCGCUGCGGGGACCGGCUGAGUAAGGAGAGCGAGCAGGAGCUGCGCCUGCCCUGCUUCGUGCCCUGCCCAGGUGACUGCCACCUGACGGAGUGGUCCACCUGGAGCUCGUGUCAGCUGACGUGUCUGGAGGGCCGCAGCUUCGAGACGGUGGGGCGGCAGGCGCGCUCCAGGGCCGUGGUCAUACAGGUGCUGGAGAACCAGGAGAGCUGCCCGCACCAGGUGUUUGAGACACGCUCCUGCAAAGGGGGGAAAUGCCACAGCUAUGAAUGGCACACCAGCGGAUGGCGAGACAACGAGCGGUCUGUGUGGUGCCAGCGCUCUGAUGGCGUCAAUGUCACAGGGGGGUGCUUCCCGCAGAACCAGCCCACCACCGUCAGACACUGCCACCCCCCCUGCACCAAACCCUUCUCCCACUGCACACAGAGUGGCGUGUGCGGCUGCGAGAAGGGCUACACGGAGGUGAUGACCACGCACGGCUUCUUGGACUACUGCACCAAGACGCCGGGCAGCGCGGACAACAAUAAGGCCGACGUCAAGACCAACUCGGGCCGCGGAGCCAAGCCGGGGCCUUCGCACAUCCACGACCUCUUCGGAGAGUGGUCCCUGCGGCCCGUGGGGCCAGAUGGAAGAAUAAAGCUCUGGGUGUAUGGGGUGACUGCUGGUGGAUUUCUGCUCAUUCUGUUAAUUAUAUCAGUCUCAUUUCUCUUUUGCAGUCCUCCCAGCCAGACAAAGAGCUCGUGCCCGCCACAGAAGCCCCUCACGCUGGCCUACGACGGGGACGUGGACAUGUGA